CAGGCAGAUUUAAAUCGCUCCAGGAUGAAAUCCUACAUCACAACUGUCUUACUUGGUUUCCUCGUAGUGGCAACAUUCUCGGAAGAACGCCAUCAAUCCCCUUCUGUCGAAUUUCUUAGUGAUAAUUCCCCUAUGGAUGAAAUUAAUUCAUCCCUGGGCGACUCAGAUGGUGCUCAUACCUGUGCAAGCGAAUUUCCCUUCACUCAACUUCACUCAUUUUCACCUCGACACAAAUUCCCUUCACUCCCCUCACUCACGUGAAGGAAGGCUGAGUGAGGCUUCACUCGCUUAUAAAUAUAAUGCUCACUCCUUCAUUCCCUUCACUCCCUCAUUCUUCACACGUCACUCACUCCCCUCAAUCAUCUAUUUCCUUCACUCUUUCUUUCACUUAAUUCAGUCUCUCGCGUCAUCAUAAUGUAAAUAAUUUGGCGCCAUCUAGUGGGGAAACGUGAGACUGGCCUGGGGCAAUGUGAGAUUCGACUGGGGUAACGUGAGACUGGGCUGGGGCAACGUGAGACUGGGUUGGGGCAACGUGACAUUGGACUGGGGCACGGUGAAAAUUGCAUGGGGUAAUACGAGACGGUACUAUGUUGAUAUUGCAACGCUUAUUUGAGUAUGUAAACUAAUUAUCUCCCCUAAAUUCCUUCACCCUUCUUCCCCGGAGGAGAAGGAGUGAAGAGAUGAAGCCUUCGUCUCCUUCGCCCUUCACCCCACUCAUUUCUCAUUUGGGCCUCCCUCACUCACCUUCACUCACUCGAUCCAAGUUUUCAACUCCCUCACUCAGCUUCACUCUCCUUCACUCCCUCAUCGUGAAUGAAGCUUCAAUUUGGGUAAAUUGAGUGAAGCUGCACAGGUAUGAUGGUGCUUCAGUUCGCAACAAGCGGCAAUAUGGGUAUGGAAGGGGAGGAAAUUGGACACCUCGAUGCUGUAAUUAUGGAUAUAAUUUCUCCCCAGGCUGCCAAUACAACGGUUUCUGGAAUGCAAAUAAUAAUCCUUACUGUCGUGGUUAUGGUGGUGGUUAUGGUAGAGGUCGAGGCGGAUACGUUGGAUAUAACCGAGGUUACAACCGUGGUUACAACCGUGGUUACAACGGUGGUUACAACAGUGGAGAUGAUUCCGUACACUGUACCUAUGAUGGUCAAGCCAAGUGUUAUGGAAAUCUAAUCUGAGGUGUGAGUGUUACCGAGGCCAGGAAUGUCUCAAUAUCAUAAUAAAGUGAAUACCACUAGCGUAAUUUGUGUAUUACUUUGAAACCAAUAAAAAUACAAUAAAUGAAAGCU